CAUUGAGACUGGCUCGAUCGAUCGCGAGCUUGGCCGAGCAUGCGUCGGACGGCGGCGGUGUCUGCGGCUUCUGAAUGGGGUUCACGCGCGCGCGCGUCACGCUGACGACUAUCCUCCUCGCGCAGGAGACAGAGCGAAACGGGACUAGGAGAUAAGCUCAUUUGUGCAGACGCCAGCUCUCCUCGCAAAGAUGCCGUCGGUCAGGCGAAUGAUACUGGGGCACGUAAUGUCGGGGAUGUGCGCGAAAAUUAAUCGGAAGAAGAAGCUCGAGGGUGACGUCAUGGACACCCCAUUGAAGCGCUGCCUAUCCACCUUCGACAUCACCCUUCUUGGUAUCGGGCACAUGAUCGGCGCCGGAAUUUACGUACUGACUGGGCCAGUAGCUCGCGACAUAGCCGGUCCUGGUGUGAUAUUGAGCUUUUUGCUCGCCGGACUUGCUUCCCUCCUCGCGGCCCUUUGCUACGCCGAAUUCGGCGCCAAAGUGCCAAAAGCUGGCAGCGCUUACGUCUACGCGUACGUCUCGGUCGGUGAAUUCUGGGCUUUCGUCAUCGGUUGGAACAUCAUCUUGGAGCAUAUGAUAGGUGCAGCAUCGGUGGCGCGCGCCUGGAGCGGCUACGUGGACUCAUUGUCGGGUCGAGCGAUCAGCAAUUUCACGAAGCGGCUGAUGUCGGGUUACAGCAUGGACGAGCCGUUGGGUAACGUCCCGGAUCCCGUGGCCGCAGCCCUUUGCUUCGUCUACGCGCUUUUGCUCGCCCUCGGGGUAAAGUGUUCGGCCGCGGUUAACUCGCUGCUCACACUCGUCAACCUCGGUGUCAUGGCCCUCGUCAUCUGCCUCGGCUUCUACUACGCCGACCUCGGAAACUGGAACUUCCAGGGCCACGGAUUUCUGCCUUAUGGCAUCACCGGAGUUUUCGCUGGCGCAGCGACGUGCUUCUACGCGUUCGUAGGCUUCGACUCGAUCGCGACCUCGGGCGAGGAGGCUCGAGAUCCAACCCGCAGCAUCCCCCGAGCGACGGGUCUGUCAAUGGCCAUCGUCACCGUCGGCUACAUCCUGGUGAGCGCGGCGCUCACCCUCGUCGAGCCCUACUCCAGGAUCAGCCGAACCGCCGCCUUGCCCGAAGCUUUCGCCGCUCGUGGCAUCCCCUGGGCCAAAUACGUCAUCAGCGUGGGCGCACUCUGCGGUAUGACGACGACACUCUUCGGCUCCCUGUUCUCGCUGCCACGGACGAUGUACGCGAUGGCGAGUGACGGCCUGCUGUUCGGCUUCCUGGCGCGUGUGAGCAAGCGCACCCAGGUACCAACUAUCAACCUGGCGAUCGCCGGUUUCGUCAGUGGUCUGAUCGCUCUGCUCUUCGAUCUCGAUCAUCUGGUCGAGUUCAUGUCGAUCGGUACCUUCCUCGCGUACACCAUCGUCUCGGCGAGUGUCAUCGUACUGAGGUAUCGACCGCCGCCGCCACCUUCGCAAGCUAUGGACAACACCGUCUCCUCGGACACGACUCUUGCGAGCUCGUCGACCCAUCAGCUGGCAUCGCCUGCCAAUACCGAUCUCGCUAUGGACUCCAGCGACUGUAACAGCAUGUGCACUUCGGUCGAGUCGCAGUUGAUACAAGGUUUCUGCACCGAUGGAAUCGGUAGGGUGCAGCCGCGGUACGCCUGGCUGUCGAAUUUCCUCGGCGACUGCGAGCCUGGGACCGCGGUAACAACGUCGAUCAUUUUUUAUUCCGUGGCCUGCGUCUCCCUCUGCUCGCUUCUGGUCUUCUUGUCGCAGAACACCUACUCUCCUGCUUGGUGGGACUACGUCAUGCUGAUCAAUCUCGUCAUUAUUCUCGUAGCGAGUUUGCUGGUCAUCGCAGCUCAUCAGCAAAAUCCACCGAGCCUGGGCUGUACCUUCAGAGUGCCAAUGGUCCCGCUGGUACCGGCUCUCAGUAUUCUUCUGAACAUCGGCCUAAUGUUCCAUCUGUCCAUGUUGACAUGGCUACGGUUCCUCGUCUGGAUGAUUGUUGGUCUGCUCAUCUACUUUCUCUACGGGAUUCACUACAGCAAGGAAGCGGUCGAUCCGAAUUCGUACGCGGUACUGAUGGAGACUGCCGAGGCGGAAAGAGGCGCCAAAUGGGGCAGUCUCAGACUCAAUCGAAAAAGCGACACUACCCCGAUACUCGGCAGCGAGGAAUACUUACAUUAGGAGACCACACGUACCAAUCAUUACCAUCGAGUUUUUCACGAUCCUCGUGAUGUCGAAUCAUGGUUAAACAGAGAUUCCAAGUGAAAACUGGAGAAGCUUCGUUAUGGUUUUCAAAAUUGUGAUAAAAAAAGAAAAUAAAGUGUAAAUCAAGAUCUUCACGAGUAGCGAACACUACUGAUAAAGUCGAAACGCCUGCAUUAUCUGCUUAUAUCGGAAUCGAAUGAUCAGGUCGUUGAUUGUUUAAUCUCGAAGGAUAGGCGACUUCGUUAAGGUGGUAUUAUACGGAGCAGGAACUGUCUUGAAAAAAUACGGAUGCAAGAUAUGCAAGACUGAAAAAAAUAAACAAAUAUAAAAGGCACGAACAGAGCAAGUGAAGUGCGCAAAGAAAUAUCGCGACGGAAUGUAUAAUAGAUGUUCGUUAAUUAAGUUAAUUAAUCUUCCAACGUACAAAAGAUAUUAUCCCUUUGAUUUUCAUUUUUUUUUUCUGAUAACCCGUGCAUGUGUAAUCACGCAGAUACAAAGUAAAUAUAUUAUAUAUAAUACUGUUUAUCGUUGAAAAAUGGUGUGCCUUGACAUUAUCGGCAUCAGCUCUUAAUUGAAGAGGUGCACGUGGUGCUAUUUACAUACAAGUUUGUUAAGCCAGUCCGUGAAAUAUAGAAUGCAAGCGCACACGUAUAAUUUUCGUCUCGAUUCUGUUAUUGAAUUCAGAUUUUCAUUUCUCUCCACAAUGGAAAAAGCAAUGCCCUACAAUUUCUCACUGUUACUGAAAACUGUUGAAUAUGCUGCUAUAAUAUUACUCGGGCUGACUUUGUGUUUAAUCGACAAUACCCUGUUGCAAAUUAUACGGAAAAAGCAACAUUCACGAAUAAUGACGUAAACCGACCGGUAAACUAUGCUUAUGGAUAAAAAUAAAGAGAGAUGGAACAAUCGACCCUAAAGUCUAAAGAAAGCUAUAUGUAUAUCAUGUACUUAUAUAUAGCUCAAUACAAUGUGAUGUUACGAGAGAAAAAUUGAUUUGAAAAAAGUACAAUUAUGACUUAUGUUUUAUGAAAAAAAAACGUUUACUGUUAGCACCACAUGUGUUACGAAAAAACAACUGAAUAUAAGUGUAUUAAAAGAUGCGAUCUAUGUGACAUUGAUUUUUGACGAUAUCAUUGAAUGUAUUAUAGUUAAUGAACAACGAUUGAUUUUGUGAAAUACUUUGUAAACAAAACUGUUUAUAUACAUGUGACUUAUUUUUGUUUCUGAAACUUAUGGCUUUGUUCAGAAAAUAAAACAGAAAACUAACAGAAAUGAAUCUUGAAUCUACUCUGCACAAACACACACUUUUCAAAACAUUGAUGCCACUUAAUCAAUCUAGAUCGAUAAUACGCAUUUUUCCUCUCUUUUCAAACGAGAAACACUAUACGAAUAAUCAAUGAAAAUUCCUGCUCUCGCGUGAUAAAGAAACCAGUUUGCUAAUUCCAAGCGAUUAAUCACGCAGCGAUCGAUGAAUUAUCGAAAUUUCAAACAAGUCGGUCACGAUUACGGGCAAUAAAUGGAACCGUUUAAGUAGCCGAGAGCUGUGGGGUUUUGCUACUAUACGUGUUUCCGACGAAGAAAAGAAAGAUGGUCUACUUCAAGCUUUUCCUUCUGGUCGCCGUCUGCAGCUCGCUUGUUGCGAGCCAGAACGUUCACCAUCGACGGGAUACCGAUCCCGCUAAGCUAGACGAUCCCAACGCGUUGAGAAAGGAUGAAAAGCGCGACGACGAGGUUGCAAAGAAGUCGGCUGUCGAAAACGCGGAUCAACCACCCGCAGCGGCUACUGAUGGAGCUACCGAAGGAGCCAAAGAUCAAACUGUUGAUGCCGGAAAAAUUGCAGCAGCUGCACCAAAGAAGAGAUUCGUCGAUAACGAUAAAGACGCAGCUCAAUCUGCUCAAUGUUGCAGCUGAUCCUGUCGACAGAAGUACUUUCACCGCUUAUUGUUUCUAGUUACUGUACCUUAUUUCAUCUGUAGAUGACUUUAAACCUCACACGAAUAGUAAUAAAAUAAUUCUACACCUAUAAAAUAUGUACCUAUACACGCGAUUUACCUCUGCAUUCUUUAUUUUUAUCAGUAUUAUUAAUGUAAUCUCAUCUUUUGUAACUGAAGCUGUGCUUUUCUUCGAAAAUAAAAUCUCGUAAAAUUAAAAAAAA